AUAUACGAGUACAUACAUAGUUUGGUGCUCAACGCCGCUGGCUGGCUGGUUGGCUGACUGGUUCAGUUUUAAUUCUGACGGCUAAUAGUUCAGUUGAUUUCGUGCGCAGAACGCGGAACGUCAAAGCUAACGAAGCUGCUUGCUCUUUGACUGAUUCUGUCUCUUAGACAGUGAAUGUGUGUGUGAGUGUAUACAAAGUUUAUGGUAUGGCUUUUGCCAAACAAAACUGAUUGUUUGCGUUGUUUGAAUUAAAAUCAAACGAUUAACGUUGAAAAGAAAAAGGAGAAGAAAUAUUUGGUGAAAGAGCCUACGCUAAAAUAAACUGUUUAAUUUCCAAAAAAAAAAAAAACUAGUGGCAAAUUGAAUUUUGGCAAGAAGACUGUGACCAAAGAAGUGGCAGAAGAAGCAGGAAGAAGUGCGCGCAAAUCCACUCUAACUGGACUCUUGCUGUAUUUCCACCUCCAGCUGCAAGGUAGCUUGCAGUCCGAAAAGCCGAACGACUUCGAACACCGAAUAAUGAACGAAAUCCGUCAAUGAACAUUUGCUUCCGGAGCAUAUGCGACUGUUGUUUACUAAAAAAAACAAAAACCAACGGAUCCUGCCAGCCUUAAGUACUCAAAACCACUGUUAACCAGCCCAGCCUGUUAACUAACUACCAAUCACUUAAAUUUCUCGUACUUUAAGUCUUCAAUAGUAAAUUAAUUAUAAGCAAAAAGUAGCGCCAGAGCAAUUUACAAAAACAACACUUACAAAAAUGGGUGCAACACGCGAAAAGCCACGCAUCAAUGUAAGCCUCAUCUCGCUCAAAGUGGUGGUGUUUUUUGUCAUUAGUGGCAUUACCGUGCUCCAUGUGCUACACGCCAACAUACCACUCCUGCUCGGCUUGAAUUUCAACGAGUAUCGUCGCAUCAGCAUUAUUGCGCCAUUUGUCUCGAUAAUCGGUCCACUGAUUGCCGGUCCACUCGCCGAUCGUUUGGCUGCCAAGAAUGCCACCAAUUUCGGACGCAUUCUUCGCUUCCUCACUGCCCUUUUCCUAGUACUUGCUGCCAUCGUGUACGCUUGUCUCUUCGCCAUACCCGAAGUGCAAAGAGAGGAGGCGCGUCGUCCGUUGGUUAGCUUCGGUUGUGAUUUUAAUGGCGCGGUCAUAUUUCAGGAACGCUGCUCAAAAGAGGCCACCUGCCAUCAUUGGAACGCGAAGAUGGGCAAUGUAAAUUUGACACGUUGCACCUAUACCUGCCAGGAUCCCACGAAAUAUGAGAAUAUGUAUACACCAUGGUUUGAAGGUGUACCCACGCCUUUGCCCUCCACGGAGCAUAGUUCAGAGUUUGAUUAUGAAGAUGAAUCGGUUGCCACAUCAACGGAAAGUUUGCGCGUGAAACGUGCAGUUGGCGGUUCGGCUGAGUAUGGCGGCGAACUAUUGAGCGCUGAGGUCCAACAACGUGCUAGUCGCGCUGCACGUGAUGCCGGCGAUGCCACGCCUAUGAAGAUCUAUGUAGAGCCACCACAUUUGUGCCUCACCCAAAAGACGGACAGUGGGGAGACUGUGGUGAAGAAUUGUCAUGUUUACACGCACGACACGAAUAACAUUGUAGUGCAUUCAGUUCUACGUGCAGCUGAUAGUAACAAUGAUAAUGACACGCACAGCGACGACUGGUGCAAAUAUCCCUUGGAUGGCUUCCAGUGUAACAUACCCACCGCACAGGUUGAAUACAUGAUUGGGCUCAAGAAUGGCAGCGCUUGCAAACCGAUGAUUGAAUGUCAAGUGAUUGAUCCUUACGACAGCAAAGGCAGUGUACUGGCCGAUAGUGAAUGCAUUAAAAUUACUGGAGACUUGGAUGCCACAUUGGGCGGCUACACUGCCAUCCGUUUGUUGGGUGAUAUUUUCGUGUUGGCCGCAUUUACACUCCUCAACACCGCCAUCGUUAUUGCAGUACGCGAAACCUCCGAAGGACGUGGCGAGGUGUGCCGUCAGUAUGCCUGGGGUGCUAUUGGUUACGUGAUCUUCUUUUCCCCCAACUUUUUAUUUGGCUUUUCCGAUGAAUCGAAAUAUGAUGCCACUGUGACGAUAGCACUAAUCCUUGUCAUUGUGUGUCUGCUCAUCGGUGCAUUAGUGCUGCUCCUUGCCUCGCAAAUGCCACUCAGCCCACCAGAGUGGUGGUGGCACACAAAGACAGGCAUGUUGGUCUAUCCCAUGUCGGCAAUACGCCGCUAUAGCCCUGAAAUUUUCUUACUUACUCUUGUUGCCAUACUAUUUGGCACAUUCUGGAGUAGCAUUCACAGUUAUCUCCGGUGGACAUUCAACGAUGAGUAUGCGGUGACCUAUUCCGGUUUGAUCUUGGUAUUGGUGCUGUUUUUCAAUGUGGACAAAUUCAUCGAAUAUUGCGGACAUUCGAAUAUCUUUAUCGCCGGCUUUGCGGUAUUCAUCAUACGCUUCACUGCGCUGAGCUGCGAAAUCACAUGGCUGACCCAUGUCAUGCAGGUUAUUGAGCCGGUCGUCAUUGGAGCUGUGUGGAUAACGAUUAUACUGUAUAUGCGACAUGCAAUGCCCAGGAAGUUGACAGCGACCGGACAGGCAGUGGCUGUGUUGGCCUUUUUCGGCAUUGGCAAAGGUCUGGGCGCCAUCAUUGGCUUGGCGCGCGACGAUAAGGUGCCUCAAUCGGGUUCAGAGGAGAUCCAUCAGUGGCUGGCCAUUGCCGCUUGCAGCAUUGCAGUCAUUUAUUUCAUCAUUUACAAUUUGAUUUUGGCGCCACGUUGUGCUGCCAAAUCGCAGCAUAUUGAAGAGUUGAUUUCCGGUUCGGCAUCGCACAACUUCAGCAACGGCACCGGCAAUGGAGCAGGCAGCACCGGGCAGGGUAACACCAGCGCUGGUGCGGCGUUGAAUGGGAACUCGAAUUAUUCGCCGCUACGCGUGUACCAUAAUGAACGAGGGAAGUUGGGACAAUUUAGAUUUUAAAUUCAACUAUGCGCUUCGAUAUACCAUACACACACAUGCACACAUGAAAACAGGUGUACGUGUUCGAAACAGGUUAUUUUAUAUAAUUUUAAUUAAAUUUUUAUAAAUGUAACUUUUAACUUAAUUUUGUUUUUCGUUUUUUGUAUUAAAUGGGACGAAUAUUAAUUGUAAUAAUAUAUUAAUACUAAACACACAAAAAAACAAAAUUAUGUAAACUUCACAAAAACAAAUAUUAAUUAAAUAGAGGCAGAAAAAUUACGCCACACAAUGGGGAGUUUUGGCGUUUGCAUGGCAGCGCGUAGAGGUAAAUGAAAGUGACGACGUUACGGUUUCAGUAAGAUGACUUUUGAUGCAUCCACAAGCCCACCUUGUCUGUUUAUAUGUGUGAGAUUAUUAGCAAAAAAAAAAACAAAAAAAAAAAAAAAACAGUCGUACGACAAUCCAUUCGGAACAACUAUUUCAGAUCAGUUUUUAAAACACCAGCCUGCGUGUCGCUACUCUUGUAACAAUAAAUGUUAAUUAUAGCCGUAAGCGUAGAUUUUGCUAAGGUAACACACUGUAAAUUAAUAAUAAAUGUUUUUCACAUAAUUUUUCAAACAGUCAAAAAAAUACAAUUACAUUAACGAGCCUGCGCAAAUUAUUGUAAAAUAAAAUUUUUAAUAAAAAGUUUUAAUUAAAGAUAAGUAAUAAAUUGCGCAAUAUCUAAAAAAAAACCGCUAUUUACAUUUAGUAAAUUUAGAGUGUAAUAAUCAAAUUACCGUGAACAUAUGCAGAUAUAAGUACACAUACAUAUAUUUUUAAACAAAUACAAAAAAUUAUAUUUUUAUUUAUACAUAAGAAAAUUAUUGCACUGAAAUGGUGCACGAAAUCUAACAAACUCUUUAUAGGCGACAUUGAUUAUGAUAUGUUAAAUUUUGCAUAAAAAGUUAAUACAAUUUUAGUGAUUUAUUAAGCUUGAAAAUAUGGGCAAGUCAUAAUUAAACUCGGCACGUGCAAAAUAAAAAGUGAUUAUUUUCAACUAA